AUGGCCAUAACAUCUCCCGAAAUGACUGCUUCGGACUCGAGCACACCUACCGCGGACAGUGCCGACACUUCACCAAUUGCACAAUCCGCUAUAGGACGAAAACGAAGCACCGACUCUGGCUAUGAGACCGCAUCGCUUCGAGCAAGAACCAGAGGAAAGAUCACGAAGCACUCGACAGAUCGGAAGCGUAGGAUGGUCGCCCUCAACAUACCGCAAGAUGUCAUCCGGUUUCAUUUCGGUGCUCGAGACAAGGUGUUUCAGUCGAUCGUUGGCCGUGUGUCUGGACACGCUGGUCCUUCUCAUCAACGGGGCUGCGAGCAACAACCAAGAUUUCCUCCACGAAGCUCGCCGAAUGUAUCCGCUCGCCCUCCAGUCCCUUCGCACAGAUCUCAACACAGCGGCUGA